AUGUCCAUCAUUCAAGCCAUCCGCAUCGUAACCCCCAAAUCCAGCAAAUCUCGAACCACAACCCUCGUCCACCUAUUCUGCCACGUCAAGCCCGGCGCUCGAGACGGCGAGGCCAACAAGGCGGUACGAGAAGUCGUCGCCGAGGCCCUCAAGGUGCCAAAGUCGGAUGUGCACAUCGCGAAAGGGAUGAAGAGCCGGGAGAAAACCGUGGAAGUUGUCAUCACCGAUCAUGAUAACAAAGAGACCAAGAGCCAGGAAGAAGAGAUUCAGCGGAUAAAGAACCUUUUAUUAUUACUGACGAAGGAGUGA